AUGAAAAUUCUAACAGGCCCUUUUCUUCUAAUCCUCUGUUAUCUUGUAAUAUGUAAUUUCACUACAUUUGCUUGCUCAUUUUCACACACUCCGUCUGAUGACAGUAAAGUUACUGGUAGAGAAUCUAGUGAUCAUAAUGAGCAUUGCAAAGCUUGGUUGGUUCAGUCAAUCCCCACAGACAUGCCCCAACUCUCUCGCGUCCCGGGUGUUCUUUCCACUGCUGAUGUUUUUCGAUGGUUGGCUGGAAAUUCUUCACGGAGCUUGGACAUAAUUGCACAGUACUGGCAGUUAAUAGCUCAUCCUGAGGAUCCUCGAUCAGGGGAUUAUGGAUACUCAAAUGAUGACAUGCAGAGAUUUGAAGCUAAUGAUGGUUUUGAAGUCUACAAAGCAUUGGAAGAUGCUGCUGAUCGUGACGUUAAUAUAAGACUUUUACAGCACUCUGGAGUUUAUCCAGAUUAUACUCAAGAACCAUCCAACCUCGCAGCAGGAAGGCCAAAUGUGAAGAAUGUCACCUUAUUACUUAAGGACUGGUGGGGAUCUGGCAUAGUCCAUACCAAGGUUUGGAUAUCUGAUAGCCGAGAUGUUUAUAUUGGAUCUGCAAACAAUGACUGGAAAUCUCUAACCCAGGUCAAGGAAGUUGGUAUAUAUCUUGUUGGUUGUCCAAGAAUUGCAGAAAAUGUUGAGGUUUACUUCCAUAACUUGUGGAAACUAGCCCAUCUCAAUCCUUCAGCUUAUACUAAGUCAGUAUGGGAUCAGCAAUGGCAGAUUAAUCGAAAGGUUCCCUGUUGGUCAUACUUUCUCCAUCCGAAAGAAAGGUGCAGGUCACCUCUUCCUAAAUACGUGGAGGUCAAACAUGUAACAGGCUAUCCAGUACUUUCAGACCCAGAUAUUUUUCAUUUUGCAAUUGAAACACCUGGAGGAAACUAUUCAACCUUGCGGCCUCAAUUCAGUUAUCUGUCAUUUGCUCCUCCCGAGCUGUCAUUUGCCAAGCACCAGGCGGAUGAACAGGCAUGGGUGGAUACGAUCAAGUCUGUAGGAAAUGGAGCAACUGUCAGAAUAAGUACCAUGGAUUGGCUUGGUCAAUCCCAAUACACAUCAGAAACAGUGUAUUGGUCAUCCCUUUCUUCAGCUGUGUCCGAGGUUGUAUACUCCAAGCAUGCAAAGGUGAAAAUACUGGUUGCGUACUGGGCACAUUUCAUAAACAACACAGAUCAGUACCUGAAAUCUCUCCUCUACACCAAUACUCUAUGCUCUUCUUCAAAAUACAACAAAUGUUCUGGCAAAGUCGAGAUCAAGUACUACAUGGUACCGGGAUUCAACUUAACUGGACCUGCCAUCCUCAACGGAAAAGCCACUGGAAACAUUUAUCCUGGCUACACGAGGGUCAACCAUGGAAAAUAUGCAGUUAGUGAUGUACGAGCCCAUAUCGGGACGAGUAAUCUAGUGUGGGACUACUUUUACUGCACCGCAGGUGUCAGCUUCGGGACAUAUAAUCCGGCCAUUGUUGCUCAACUUCAAGAAAUAUUUGAUGCAGAUUGGAGUUCACCUUACACUGUGCCCGUUGAACCUUUGGAAGAAGGUCAUCCAUUUUCAAGCUAA